CUUGCCGCCGCCGCCCUCUCGGCCCUUCGAGUUUCCCGGGCUACCUCAGCUGUCCCCAGCUUCCUCUUCAGCUCGCGGCGCGAGCGGCUGCCAGGACCGCCUCAGGCGUGGCGGGCUGGGCCCGACACCCCAGCUGUGGGACCCCCGACCCCUCGGCCCCAAUGCCUGGUCGAGCAGAUCGGAGUGGGUGGCGGCGGUCGGAGCUGUGCCGGGGUCCCCCGGGGGCGAGCGCGACCGUGUUCCGUGGGCAAGCUGCAAGGACCGUGAGUUUGGCAUGAUUCGGUCUCCUGGGAUUCUGCCUUAGCAAGAACGAAGCUGGAAAUACUCCUGAAAGGAAACUGAAGUAACACGAAACCCACAGCUUAUUCUUUUCAUGGUUGUCGGCUACCUUACAAAUAUGGACACGUUUCCCAGUUUAUUUCCACCUGGUGGAGACAGUCGGCUGAAUCCUGAGCCUGAGUUCCAAAAUAUGUUAAUUGAUGAAAGGGUACGAUGUGAACAUCAUAAGCAUAAUUAUCAGGCUCUCAAAAUUGAACACAAAAGGUUGCAGGAAGAAUACGUAAAAUCACAAAAUGAACUUAAGCGUGUGUUACAUGAAAAGCAAACUAACCAGGAAAAAUUCCAGCUGCUCCUUGAAGAGCUAAGAGGGGAAUUAGUAGAGAAAAUUAAAGACUUGGAAAAAAUGAAGCUGCAGGUAUUAACACCACAAAAACUGGAAUUGGUAAAAGCCCAAAUACAGCAAGAAUUAGAAGCUCCAAUGCGAGAGCGUUUCCGCACUCUGGAUGAAGAGGUGGAAAGGUAUAGAGCCGAGUACAAUAAGCUGCGCUAUGAGCACACGUUUCUCAAGUCAGAGUUCGAGCACCAGAAAGAAGAGUUUGCUCGUGUUUCAGAAGAAGAAAAAAUGAGAUAUGAAUCAGAGGUUGCACGGCUGGAGAAGGAUAAAGAGGAACUACACAGCCAGCUGCUUAGUGUUGGUCCCACCAGAGACACCAAACGAGUGGAGCAGCUUGUUCGGGAAAAAACCCAUUUGCUUCAGAAAUUGAAAGGUUUAGAGACUGAAGUAGCAGAAUUAAGGGCUGAGAAAGAGAAUUCUGGUGCUCAUGUAGAAAAUGUCCAAAGAAUACAGGUGAGGCAGCUGGCUGAGAUGCAGGCUGCGCUCAGAUCCUUGGAGGCUGAAAAGCAGUCAGCCAAACUACAGGCUGAGCGCUUAGAAAAAGAGCUACAAUCAAGCAAUGAACAAAACACUUGUUUUAUCAGCAGACUGCAUAAGGCCGACCGGGAAAUAAGUGCUCUGACCAGUGAAGUGAAAGAGCUCAAACAUUCAAACAAACUAGAAAUAACUGACAUCAAAUUGGAGGCAGCAAGAGCUAAGAGUGAGCUAGAAAGAGAAAGGAAUAAGAUUCAAAGUGAACUGGAUGGAUUGCAGUCAGACAAUGAAAUUCUCAAGUCAACUGUUGAGCACCACAAAGUGCUCUUGGUGGAAAAAGAUCGUGAAUUAGUCCGCAAAGUACAAGCUGCCAAGGAAGAAGGUUACCAAAAGCUCGUGGCAUUACAGGAUGAAAAGCUAGAGCUGGAGAACAGAUUAUCAGACUUAGAGAAAGUGAACGUGGAGCAUGAUGUCUGGAGGCGGUCGGAAAAGGAGCAGUGCGAAGAGAGACUGCGGGCCUCACAGAUGGCAGAGGAGGCGGCCCGGAGGGAGCUCCAGAGUAUUAGGUUAAAACUUCAGCAACAAAUUGUGAAUACUGAAAAGGCAGAGAAAGAAAAACUUGAAAAUUCUGAACUGAAACAGCAAAUCAGUCAUUUGCAGAUCCGAGUGACCUCCCUGACACAGUCAGAGAAUGACUUGCUGAAUUCAAACCAAAUGCUGAAGGACAUGGUGGAGAGAUUAAAACAAGAAUGCCGAAAUUUAAGAAGUCAAGCUGAAAAAGCACAACUAGAAGUUGAAAAGACAUUGGAGGAAAAACAGAUACAGUGGUUGGAAGAAAAGCAUAAGCUUCAUGAGCGAAUCACGGACCGAGAAGAAAAGUACAAUCAGGCUAAAGAGAAGCUACAGAGAGCUGCAACUGCUCAGAAAAAGAGAAAAUCUCUUCAUGAAAACAAGUUGAAGAGACUUCAGGAAAAAGUGGAAGUCUUGGAGGCAAAGAGAGAAGAAUUAGAGACAGAAAACCAGGUGUUAAAUAGGCAAAAUGUUCCGUUUGAAGAGUAUACAAGGCUUCAGAAGCGACUAAAGGACAUACAGAGAAGACAUAAUGAGUUUCGGAGUCUGAUCUUGGUUCCUGACCUGCCUCCCGCAGCAUCGCUCCAUUCUGCUAGCUUUCAGCCAUCGGCUAGAGCGCCUGGACUCGAGCUCUCCUUCCCCCCUCAUGUGCAGGAGGAACAACAUCAAAGAGAACUUUCUCUACUUCGCAAAAGACUGGAAGAACUAGAAACGACACAAAGAAAACAACUAGAGGAACUUGGAUCUCCUGGGGAAUGAUGCUGGAAGAAAGGCAAAGCCAGACCUCAAUAAAGCGUGACGUCUAACCUGUGGCAUUGCGGUGCUUUAUUACUGUUUGCCAAACCCACGAGCUGCCUCAAGAAAAGGUACUAGCCACAUGCUACACUGAACGGGUCCGGGACUUUAGGAUCAUGGUAACCAAAGUGAAGUGUUGCAAGUUUUAGAUCUGUAGAGCAUGUAUUGACACGACAAAAGAUAAGAGGAACUAACUAAGGAAUCAAGUUUUCAUAAUAAUAUGAAAUAAUAGUAAUUUUUAUUUUGUUGAAAUUUUUCUGGUAUUUUGCUUGAAAAUGUAAUCUUGAAUUCCUUUUUUCUUAUCUUUGAGAUGGCAAUAAGAUGAUCAAUAAACAUCUCCUUUAUUGUAUACAAAAGUUAUAAAAGUUUUGGGAAAGGAUGGUCAUUUAGAAGUAUAAAUAUCACUUAAAAGUUUCUAAAUAUAUAUCCAUUAUUUACCAUCUUUACCUUUUCUAAAAGCUGUGCACUUAAUUUAUUAAAUAACUUAAUAAAUAUUUUUCUAUCUGUU